AUGGCACCGUUUUGCCCAAAGAGAAAACAAAUAGAAAAUCUAAAAAUCCUAAAUCUAAACCCACGAACCAGCCCUCCCUUCCUAUCCCUUAUGAACCUAGACCACCCAUCGGCUCUACAACCAGCUCCUUGCAUCGUGAACCACCAAGACCUCACCAAGCUUGAACGCAAUGAUUACUCCGUCCUCUGGAGGCACAAGAUGGGCCUCGACAAGUACGACCCAGCAGUCUUCGGGCUCGGCCCAUCCUCGGCUUCCAGAUUCGGAGUCGGGUCGGGCAAGGAGGCUAAAGCCGUGGAGAAGAGCGCGUUCGAUUUGAAGCUGGAGAAGUACGAUGCGGCGGCGAAGAUCAAAAUCAUAAAGGAGGUGAGAACUUUCACGGAUUUGGGGUUGAAGGAGGCCAAGGAAUUGGUCGAGAAAGUCCCUGUGGUGUUGAAGAAAGGUCUCACCAAAGAAGAGGCUGAUCCGAUUCUCACUAAGCUCAAGGAAUUGGGUGCCACUGUGGUAUUGGAAUAAAGAUUGAUUUUUGUUUUUUUUUUUUUUUUUUUAAUGUUUAAACGUAGAAUAAUGGUUGUUCUUAGAUUA